AUGAACCAUACUUGGAUGUAUAACCUGAGCUUUGGUGCACCUGCACAUCCUGUUGAGCCAAGGGCUGGACUCUCACGAAGUGGGCACACAGUAGUGGCUGUUUUUCUUGGAUUAAUCUUUUUUGGUUUCUUGAAUAACUUGAUUGUCCUCAUCCUCUUCUGCAAGUUCAAAACCCUGCGUAACCCAGUCAACAUGCUUCUACUGAACAUCAGUGUCAGUGACAUGUUAGUGUGCAUCUCGGGCACCACCCUCAGUUUUGCAUCCAACAUCCGUGGAAAAUGGAUUGGAGGGGACCAUGCUUGUAGGUGGUAUGGCUUUGUCAAUUCCUGCUUUGGUGUCGUGUCGCUGAUCUCCCUGGCUGUGCUGUCCUAUGAGCGCUACAGCACUCUCACCCUGUGCCACAAGCGUAGCCAUGAUUUCCGCAAGGCUCUGCUGGCUGUUGGUGGUUCUUGGAUUUAUUCCUUGGUCUGGACCAUGCCACCUCUGCUUGGCUGGAGCAGUUAUGGGAUAGAAGGUGCAGGCACGAGCUGUUCAGUACGCUGGUCCUCAGAGUCGGCUGAGUCCACGUCCUACAUCAUCUGUCUCUUCAUCUUCUGCUUGGCUGUCCCCGUGACAGUCAUGGUGUACUGCUAUGGGCGCCUCCUGUAUGCGGUCAAACAGGUUGGAAAAAUCCACAAGAGUGCUGCCCGCAAAAGAGAAUACCACGUCCUGUUCAUGGUGAUCACUACAGUUAUCUGUUACCUGCUGUGCUGGAUUCCAUAUGGGGUUAUAGCAUUACUUGCAACAUUUGGCAAGCCGGGUGCUGUGACUCCUGUUACAAGCAUCAUACCUUCCAUCCUAGCAAAAAGCAGCACUGUUUGUAAUCCCAUUAUCUACAUACUUAUGAAUAAACAGGUAAGAAAUGCAAUUUUUAAAGUGUAUUUUCUUCAGGGUCCAUCAGAUAUUCUUGACCAUUGUGACUACCUGUCUUAUAGAUGUAUCUUUAAGGACACUGAAAGCUUGUCCAAACAAUACUACUGUUUGCAAACAACAGCAUAUUCUAGAUAG